UACGGGACGAAAACAAACACGAUUUGACGUUUGGCUAAAAUUUUGACAGUUGCCGCGUGUUCGUUCUUGCAAGAAUUAUAUAAAACCCGAAUAUGCGAAAAUCGUUAGUGACGGUGCAAUGUAUGGGAAUUUGCGCCUGUUAGGUGUUCAAUGCAAUAUCAUACGAGCGGCAAAAUGUUUUGGUAACUUUACGAUAAGAAACGCGUGCAACCCCUCGAAGUUAAAUUGUAAUUAUGUCGCGUCGUUAAAGAAUUUUAGUGUUAAUUCCAAGCCGUAUAAUUUCGAAAAAUUAGCUCGUAAAAUGGCAACUGGACCAAGUACGAGCUCAUUACCUGUAACAGACAUAAAAACGAAUAAACUCUCUUAUGAAAAAUCACCUUAUUUACUGCAACAUGCAACGAACCCCGUGGAUUGGUUCCCUUGGGGCGACGAAGCUUUUGAAAAGGCAAAAAACGAGAAUAAACUAAUUUUUUUAUCCGUGGGAUAUUCAACAUGCCAUUGGUGCCAUGUUAUGGAGAAAGAAUCGUUUGAAAACGCCGCAGUGGCUGAAAUUUUAAACAAAUCUUAUGUUUCAAUAAAAGUUGAUCGUGAAGAACGACCGGAUGUUGAUAAAGUUUAUAUGACUUAUGUCCAAAGAACCACGGGUGGUGGAGGUUGGCCUAUGUCGGUUUUUUUAACACCCAAUUUAGAGCCAGUUUAUGGAGGAACUUAUUUCCCCCCUGAAGAUAAAUAUGGAAGAGUUGGUUUUAAAACUUUGCUCUCUAUGAUUGCCAAACAAUGGGAAGCUAAUCAUGAGGAAUUAGGCGCUAAAGCAAAAGCUUCCAUCAACGCCAUUCAACGAUUAACCGCACAAAGCUUUCAAACAACAUCCGAGUUAGAUAUCCCAGAAAGUGACACAAUUCGUAAAUGCACCUCAAUGUUUUUAAAAUCUUACGAUAAAACUUACGGAGGGUUUUCCGAUGCACCAAAGUUUCCCCAACCAAGCAAUUACAAUUAUCUUUUUCACGUUUAUUCGAAAGACCCGACUUCGGAACAAGGAAAAGAAAUCUUUGAAAGUUGUACUCAUAGCUUAAAAAAGAUGGCUUACGGUGGAAUUCACGACCACGUAAGCACGGGUUUUGCACGUUACUCGGUUGAUUCACGUUGGCAUGUACCUCAUUUUGAAAAGAUGCUUUACGAUCAAGGCCAAUUAGCAGUCGCUUAUUGCGACGCCUAUCAAAUAUCAAAAGACGAUUUUUUCAAAGAAAUCGUUGAAGAUAUCUUAAAUUACGCAUCGAGAGAUUUAAGUCAUGAUUUGGGGGGGUUUUACGGUGCUGAAGACGCGGAUUCUUAUCCAACAGAAAAAUCAAAGCAUAAAAAAGAAGGUGCUUUUUGCGUUUGGGAAUACUCUGAGUUAGAAAAUUUGUUAACAAUGAAACACAAUCGAUUCCGUUAUUUUGAUCUUUUUUGUUAUCAUUUCGACGUGAAGAAAUCCGGAAAUGUUCCACCUCAAUACGAUCCGCAUAAUGAAUUGACAAAUAAAAAUAUUUUGGGGUGCUUUAGAUCUUAUGAAGCUACUUCGACCGCUUUUAACGUUACAAUUGAUGAGGUUAAAGAAAUUCUAAAGCAAUGUUACGAUGUUCUUUAUGAGGAACGAUUAAAGCGACCCAAACCUCAUGUUGAUACUAAAAUCGUUACCGCUUGGAAUGGUUUAAUGAUAUCUGGUUUUGCAAAGGCUGGAUUUGUUUUAAAUAGAUCCGAAUAUGUUGAUCGUGCUGUGAAAGCUCUCGAAUUUGUUAACGAGUAUUUAUAUAAUGACACAAAUAGGACUUUAUUGAGAUGUUGUUAUAAAGACGAUUCCGGAAAUAUUAGUCAAAUUUCCGCGCCUAUUAACGGAUUUGUUCAAGAUUACGCUUUCUUAAUUAGAAGUUUAAUUGAUACGUACGAAGCUACGUUAGAUUGUAGGUGGUUAGAGUGGGCUGAAACACUUCAAGAUACCCAAAAUGAGCUGUUUUGGGAUGAAGAGGAUUUUGGGUAUUUCACAAGCCCUGAAGGGGAUCCUUCGAUUGUUAUUCGAGAUAAAGAAGAUCAAGACGGGGCUGAACCAAGUGGAAAUUCGGUUUCUGUCCACAAUUUGGUUCGUCUUUCCGCUUACUUGAAUCGACCGGAUUUGAAGGACAAGGCGGGAAAGACUCUAACGGCUUUCGCGGAGCGCCUCCGCCAGAUCGCGUUCGCUCUCCCGGAAAUGACUUCCGGCCUGAUGCAUUACUCCGAUUCCUUGCCACAGAUAUUCAUUGUUGGUCAUUUGGAUGAUGACAAGACUAAAGCACUUUUGAACGCUGUCCGGGAAUGUUACAUUCCAGGAAAAGUUUUGAUUCUUGUUGAUGAUCCCGAAGGACGUUCCGAAUUCCUUUACAAACGAAUCGACUUUAUGGGAAAAUUGAAGAAAGUUGAAGGCCAACCGACAGCUUACGUAUGCAGAAGUUAUACUUGUUCUUUACCCGUAACGGAACCCGAAGCUUUAAAGAAAGCUUUAGAUGUUGAAUCUCGUAAAAAAUCAUCCUCUUAGAGUUUGUAAAUUUGUAAA